AUGAGAACACAUGGACACCAAGAGGAGGCAACAGAUACUGGGGCCUUUUUGAGGCAGAAGCCAACCCGUCCCUCCCAACCCGUGACCCUGCACAGGGUUAAAGAACAUGCAGCACUUUAUGGCUACAGAGUUAAGGCAAGGGUUGAAUUCCACGAGUCAAAAAGCAGCCCUUUUCAGAGACCCAACUCUCUGGGGCGCACAGGGUCUUGGGCUGGAUUGAGAAGGAAACUGACAAGACUGCCCACAGUGCCCGCUGUGGGUCUCGGGAUGGCAGAGAUGCGAGGGAUGCUGCUGGUGCUGCUUGGCCUUCUCCACUCUUCUACCAGUUGUGGCGUCCAGAAAGCCUCCGUUUUCUAUGGUCCUGACCCUGAGGAGGCCUUGGUCAACAGCAUGGAGUUCCCAUGGGUGGUGUCGCUGCAGGACUCCCAGUACACACAUCUGGCUUUCGGCUGCAUCCUCAGCGAGUUCUGGGUCCUCAGCAUCGCAUCUGCUGUUCAGAACAGGAAGGACAUUGUUGUUAUGGUGGGUAUAAGUAACAUGGAUCCCAGGAAGAUUGGUCACACAGAGUAUCCAGUUAAUACCAUCAUCAUCCAUGAGGACUUUGAUAACAACUCCAUGAGCAACAACAUAGCCCUCCUGAAGACAGACACAGCGAUGCAUUUCAGCAACCUGGUCCGGUCCAUCUGCUUCCUUGGCAAAAAGCUGCAUACACCACCAGUCUUGCAGAACUGCUGGGUAUCAGGAUGGAAUCCCACAUCUGCAACAGGAAAUCACAUGACGAUGAGUAUCCUGAGGAAAAUCUUCGUGAAAGAUGUUGACAAGUGUCCCCUACACAAACUCCAGAAGACAGAAUGCGGCAGCCACAUGAAAGAGGAAACGAAGACUGUCUGCUUGGGGGAGCCAGGAAGCCCAGUGAUGUGCCAGCUACAGCAGUUCGACAUGUGGGUUCUGAGAGGAGUCCUGAACUUCGGUGGUGAGCCAUGCCCCGGCCUGUUUCUGUACACCAAGGUGGAAGACUACAGCAACUGGAUCACGUCCACGGCUGAGAUGGCCGGCCCUCCCCUAUCUUCACUUCACCACUGGGAAAAGUUGAUUUCUUUCUCCCACCAUGGACCAAAUGCCAUGACACAGAAGACAUAUUCUGAUUCUGAACUGAGCCACAUUGGAUCAUACUUCCAGGGACAAAGAAGGACCACCAUGCAUUCACAGCUAGCAUCUAGAGAUGAUCUAGAUGUUAGGGAGAAGGGUGUAAGGGAAUCAGGCAGGUCUCCUGAGCCAUCUGUACAACCCUUAUACUAUGACUAUUACGGUGGAGAGGAAGGGGAAGGUGGGUCUUCUGCAGGUCAGAACAGGCUGCAUCAGCCAGAAGAAAUCAUCUUGGUUUCCUUCGUGCUUGUUUUCUUUUGCAGUAAUAUCUAGUCCAGGGGCUACCCCACCAAACUGAAGAGUAAGCUCAGAACGCUGGGUGCCAGGCAUUCACCAUGCUGUUUUGGUGUCUGUUUUUGAUAGUGGCACACCAGAGCUGCCACGGAUACACCCAUGGUGCACACUGGGCUGGCUCUCCCUCCUCUGUCCCACUUCCAUGUGUGGGAAGGUCACUUUCAUUGUGCUUGUGAACUAAAUGCAGGCUAACAAGUGUCAAA